AUGAGUUUCUACUCACCGCCUCUGAAUGCUCGUCCACACACCGCCAAGAUGUGUUGUUGGACACUUUCUGCGCUGAACAUUUACUUCAGGCCAAUGCGAUUCCUUUUGCUGCCUAGCACCAAAGCCAUUCUAGUUGUUGCGAAGCGUCGUUCAACAUGGCUUGACCCUGAGCCCCCACUUGCGAGAGGAGAACAACUCAUAGCCAUGGCAGGGCGGUCAAGGGCUGGGAAGAAACAACAACAAGCACGGCAGAUUAUUUCUAGGGCGACCUCGGAACAACCCUUCAUGCGCACUCUGGUACUACGAUUACAGGAUCGUCUUUGCCGCAUGCGCCUGGCUAGCGCACAAUUCAAAUAA